AAUAAGUAUAAAUGUCAUGGAGUCAGGUUUAUCAAGUACCUAAUAAUUAUAUAAUAAUCAUCGAAAAAUUUCGAACUAAGAAGGAAUAUACACAACAGAAAGAGAAAAAUUAUCCAACAUGGUUGACGUUUGAGCGAGAAAGAGAUAGAGAGAGAGAGAGAGAGAGAAAGAAUCCUUUCAUAUCCAAGAGGAAGCUGUACGAGAGAGGGUGUUCUCUGGAGAGUAUAGGAACCGGUGCGCAGAGAGUAAUACUGCCGUUUGGAGGGGAGAAAGAAACCUACGAGAGAGUCGACAGGGAGUCGACAGAGAGAGAAAGAGAGAGAUAGAGAUAUAAAGAGGGACCUAACGGGGGAGGGGCAUCAGGGAGAAAGAGAGAAAGAGAAAGAGAAGCCGGUUGCCUGGCGACGAGCCAUCUAGUUCGAUCCCAGCAGCCCGUCCAACCACCCUCUCUCCUCUCUCCUCCGUCUCCGCCUCCGCUUCUGCCUCUGCCUCUCUCUCUGCCUCCAAUUUUGAUUCCAACUCUGACUCUCUUGCUGUUCCCAGGAUCCCAAGGAGUAUCGGCAAUCUCGUCUCGUCGUCGUUUUAUUAUUAUUAUCAACGAUAUUAUCAAAUUAUUAUUAUUAUUAUUAUUAUUAGAAUAAUAAUAAUUAUUAUUACUAUUACUUUGUUAUCCUAUUCGUCAGUUGAACUCCCUCGAAGAUCAGUGUUUUGAAAAAUAUAUUGGUAUAUGUUUAUAUAUACCGUGUCUGUGUCACCAUACAUCACUUCAAAUAGUUAUCUAUCAUACCAGUAUCAAGAAGGAUUUGAUCGUCAUGGAUCUACGAUGAUAGAAGAUAUUAUCUCAAGAGGAAGCUUAAAAGAGGACACCACCACCUUGUGUCAAGGAUCAUCCCCUACCAUUUAAUAUGAACGUUAUAUAUCGGAAGAAGAUAUAAUUAUAUUUAAACAUUAUCACGAUUAUUAUAUCUUUAACAAGAUGUCUAAUUGUCAAGCAUCAUCUUUCGAAGAUCGUCGUCGUUGUUUUAUCGCAGGAGCAGAAUUCGACAACAAAAUGUGAAAGUUACGUGUGCUUCUAAUUAUUGAUAGCUUUCUGAGCUAUCAAUCUUCUUCCUCUUCUUCUUCUUCUUCUUCUUCUUCUUUUUCUUUUUUCUCUCUCUUUCUUUCUUUAUAUGUGAGAUGAUUAUUCGGGAUCAAGAAUGGUGGUGAAGUGCAAGUAUUUCUAACGAUAAUUCAACAAGCGCAAAGGAACAUAAAACGUUUAUCGUUUUUUAUCUCACUCUAAUAUCUAUAUCUCCCUCUCUUUCUCUUCAAUAUACCAUCAACAUGUUCCAGUGCAUCAUACAACAAAGGAACGGAUGGAUUCAUCCUUACAGUCCAGACACCAAGGAUGUUUUCCCAGAUAUACGGCUGCAACUGAACGAACAGUUGAGAUGUCUCGACGUAAGGAUGGAGGCACAAGUUGCCCUUGUAGCCGAACUGCAAGACUUCUUUCGCAGAAGGGCAGAGUUGGAGUUGGAUUACAGCAAGUCUCUUGACAAAAUGGCUAGGAGUAUACAAUUAAGACACAAGGAGCAAAAGCAAAAACGUGAACAGUGGCCCCUUUUCUCCAGCUAUGCUUGCUGGCAACAGCUUGUAAAUGAGACGAAAUCUUUAAGUAGAGAUCAUGCUGCCCUUUCAGAAGUCUAUAGCACACAUCUUGUCGGUAGGCUUAAUCAAGUAAUGGAAGACGUUCAAAGGAUAUACAAACGAUGUCGUGAGAUUGGCUAUGAAACACACGAAGAAAUACUCAGAGUUCUUCACGAAUUACAUACAACAAUGAAGACUUAUCAGGCUUAUCAAGCAGAGUCAAGACAAGCCGAAACUAAGUUACGUGUAGCUGAGCAACAGCGUAGUAAGCUAGAGGUUGCUAAUGCACCACCAGAAAAAUUAGCUAGAAGCAAAAAGUACAAGCUCAUCGAAAAAGAGGUGAACAAGAGAAAGAGCAAGUAUCAAGAAGCCAAAUUGAAAGCUUUGAAAGCAAGAAACGAGUAUAUAUUAUGCUUGGAAGCUUCCAAUACGACAAUUACCAAGUAUUUCGUUGAUGAUCUGUCAGAUCUCAUAGAUUGUAUGGACUUUGGCUUCCACAAUUGCAUCGCUAGAGCACUGUUAAUGCAUUGUAGUGCGGAAGAGGGUAGGCAACGUUCGUUACAAACUGGUGCAGAGCAAUUGGCUGCAUGCGUGGGUGCAUUAGAUUCGAGAGCGGACAAGCAAAGGUUCUUGGAAUCUCAUCAUGCUGCUUUUAUGAUUCCUAAAAAGUUUGAAUUUCAAGGCCAACGUGGAGACGAGACUCCCGAGCCUGAAUUACAAAAGGUGCUACACUUGGAAAUGGAACAGCGAUUAACUCAAUUGCAACAGAGGGUUACGUCUCUUAGAACGGAGUCAGAGGAAGUAUGGAAGACUUUAGAAACGGCGGAGGCGAGUCUCCUUGAAAUGUUAACCGCCAAAGAUUAUGACUGCUCGAGAUAUUUCGGUGAAAAUGCAGUACCAACGUCUAGACCACCGGAAACUUUACAGAUUAAAUUGAGAGCUGAUAGACAAGAGACAGAAGAAUUUUAUCUUACCAAAUUCAGAGAGUACCUUCUUGGAACAUCAAGAAUAGCCAGAUUGGACGCAAAGCAGGAAUAUAUACGUCAAAGUCUAUUGGAUGGUUCUACGGCUAGUCCAAAUCCAUCCAUUUCUACUACUAAACAAAAACAAGCACGUAGGAAACGAAUCGGACGUUUACAGAUGAACGGCCAACCAAAAUUAUUUGGUGGUUCUUUAGAGGAAUAUUUGGAAAGCACGAAUCAAGAAAUACCUUUGAUCAUGAAGAGUUGUAUAAGGGUUAUCAACCUUUACGGCUUACAUCAUCAAGGAAUAUUUCGAGUAUCCGGUUCUCAGGUGGAAAUCAAUAACUUUAGAGAAUGGUUCGAAAGAGGUGAAGAUCCUUUGGCAGAUGUAACAGAUGCUUCCGAUAUUAAUAGCGUUGCUGGUGUCUUGAAGCUUUAUUUGAGAGAACUAAGAGAACCAUUGUUCCCUAUCAUUUAUUUUGAGCAUCUUAUGGAAUUGGCACAAUUAGAAUCGAAGCAAGAAUUUGUUAACAAGAUGAAGGAAUUAAUAGCAAGUCUUCCAAGACCAGUGGUGAUAGUAAUGCGUUAUCUUUUUGCUUUCCUCAAUCAUCUUUCAGAAUUCUCAGAUGAAAAUAUGAUGGAUCCUUACAACUUAGCCAUCUGUUUUGGUCCAACUCUAGUACCUGUCCCAGAGGAUAAGGAUCAAGUUCAGUAUCAAAAUCAAGUGAACGAAUUGAUCAAGAAUAUUAUUACCUUCUGCGAGGAAAUAUUUCCAGAAGACAUAGGUGGUACUCAAUAUGAAAAAUACAUCAGCAGAGAACCAGACGACGCGGACGUCGGUGACUCGCCAACAGAUCAGGUUCAAGAGGACAUGGAUUCUGAAGUUUAUCCAUCGGAAGAUGAAUCAGAAAAUUUGGAAGCAACAGCACAGUUCGAUUUCAACGCUAGAUCGGAGAGAGAACUCAGCUUUAAAAAGGGUGAUACUCUAACUUUAUUUACACAAGUUAGCAACGACUGGUGGCGAGGCUCAUUAGCUGGCAGAGAAGGAUUAAUACCUGAUAAAUAUAUCAUGUUGAAAAUAAAAGAUGAAGAACGAGAGAAAGAAUUAUUGAAAUCAUCCAGUGAAGAAUCCAUGAGACGAAGAGCUUCCAGUUCAGCGGACAGUGUUCUACCUAACAACAAUUCACCAUUGAUGAUGAGUUCAACUGGUACGUCGAACGCAUGGUCUUCGACUCCUGUAUCAGAUAUAUCUCUUACAACGAACACGAUGUCGGGAGAAAAUAAUAGUACUAGCAGUGGUAUCGUACCAGCAACUGUUGUUACACAUGUGCCCUGCAUCUCUUCGGCUCAACCUAUCAUCAGUCGAGAGGAAUCCACAACAUCGGUGAAGUUGACCAAAGUAUCGACUCCUGAAAAUGAGAUCAUUUCAGAAAAUCUUCUAGUGUCGAACUCGAUUGAUUUGUCAACGAUUGCACAAGAACGGAUGGAAGAAACCGAAGAAGCUGGAGGAGGAAUUGGAGGUGGUGGACAAGGUAACGAAAGCGGGAUGAAAAGUCGAGGAGCUGGUAGAAAACAACAUCAUUGGAAAUCACAAAGUGUAGGGGAGUCAACAGUGACGGUGACAGUGACAACAGGUUCGGACAGUCAUAAUCAAUGUAAUUCUCAAAAUUCCUCGAGCAAUGGUUGUACUUUUCCUGGUGGUGGUAGUGGUGGACAAUCUACUGAAGAGGAUAUACAACACGAACAAACAACUUUCUCAGCUAAUCGAGAACUCUGGCAAAGAAGAGCAACCUCUCAAACCCAAUUAAAUCCCCCUAUACCACCAGGUGGCAACACCACUACAACUUCUUCCAAAUCUUAUCGUAGUUCACAGGAAUUUCGAGAAAUGCGACAGAAACAAACACCUGAUCUCGUUAUGGAUUUACCAUUGUCGGCACAGGACGCAAGUAAAAAGUCUGCUUCGUCUAGUAGUUUAAGUAGUUCCGACGACGAAACUAGUAUUGUUUUACCUACUAGAACCACCGAAGCAGCAACUUCACCAACAGGUGGUCCUGAAUCACCAGACAUGAGUACUGCUGCCGAACGUUUUGCUAAACAGAAUCAGUGUACGUUGAAAAAGAAUACCAAGACUAAUCCGGAAGGUUCGAAAUUGAAACGUCUUGAAACAGCGGAUCAUUUGGAGUCUGCCGACAUGGAAGGAACGGAGGAGAUUGUAAGAUCAGCCAGUACCAAUCAAAUCUCGGAUUCUCUGGCGCUUCGUUCGCCAUUACCACCUAGAUCAACGCCAAAAAUCGUCGCUAAGUUCGCGGAUAUGCAUUUGACGGGUGGUAGCCAAGUAUCUUCGUUCAAGCCUCAGGUCAAAGUCAAGCCAACAAUUCUUCGAAAACCAGUUUUACCUUUCCCACAUCCUCACAUGAGUCCAGAACUCGCGAGGAAGAUCGAAAAGCAGGCUCAGAGUGCCGAACAAGCUAAUUGAAGAUAUACGCAAGUAAUCAUAAUAAUAAUUAAUAAUAAUAAUAAUAAUAACAACAACAAUAAUAAUAAUAUAAUAAAAUAAUAUAUAUAUAAUAAAAAAUAAUAAUAAUAUCGAUUAACUUGUUCGAUUUAGAUAUAAAUCCGAUCUGCGAUCAUCAUCAUUAUCAUCAUCAUCAUUAUCAUCAUUAUCUUCUCCCACAUCGACCAGUCACUCCGCCCAUCACAUCGCAAGAACUUAUGUAUUACUUCGUGAGUUUCUCGAGAGAAAAGAAAAAAAGAAAAAGAAAAAAAAAAUACAAAAAGAAGAAGAAAAAGGAAGAAAACGAGAACGACGAAGAAAAAGAAAAGAAGAAAAAUCGUCUGUGGCCGAUAGCACGGUCCGUUUUAUCUCGAGGCAUAUGAGAUUUAUGAUACAUUGAUUCUUACAUUAUUUUAUCGUUUAGCUUUGAAUGAUCUUUUGAAGAAAAAGAGAUGAAAUGGAAAAGGGAAAAAGAAUUCUCACAUUGAAAGCUUUUUGCUUAGGUAGAACGGGCCGCUACCGUCCUAUGGGCGUGAGUUUAUUUUUUCUACUGAAUCUUUUCCAUUUUCGCAUAUAAUUUUUUUACCAAAUAAACAAGAAAUAAAAUAAAAUAAAAUACAAAUACAAAUACAAUUACAAUUACAAAUACAAAUACAAAUACAAAUACAAUACAAUACAAUACAAUAAAAAAUAAAAUAAAGUAAAGUAAAAUAAAAUAAAAUAAAAUAAGGGAGCGUUUCUAGUCAUCAAACGAGAGAGAAAGAGAAUAAAAAACGCGAGGAAAUAAAAAGAGAAAGAAAAAGAUAUUUGACACAGAUGAAAGAAGAGAAGAGAAGAAGCCGUGAACGAAAAAGAAAAGGAGAGAAAUAGGACGAUGCAUCGAAUAUAAAUAAUUUCAUGUAGAAGUUGAAGAAGAAGAAGAAGAAGAAGAAGAUAAAAAGUUUACUUAGUCGAGAUGAGAAUAAUCUAUGAUUAAACGAUGUAUGUAAUUUAUUUUUAAAUCGCGAAAUAUCAGCAUAUCCAAGAACCUCCUCUUAACGAUUUAAUGAUCAUAUUUGUGAUUAUUAUAAACACGUUCGAUGUUCCUUUAAUGCGCAAACGAAUAUGAGUUUUAUCCGAAGAAGCUAUAUUUAACGUUGCGAGCUUCUUGUUCACAGUAUAUACAUAAUUAGUAGAGAGAGAAAGAGAGAGAGAGAGAGAGAGAGAGAGAGAGAGAGAGAGAGAGAAAAUAAGAGUAAGAGGAAAAAUGAGUGAGAUAAAUGAUACUGGAGUGAUAUCAAUACAGUGAUUUUACACGUGCCAGUAUCUAAUAGUUAAUAAAUAUAUAUCAUAUAUGUACAAGUAUACGUGUAUGUAUGAGUGUGUAGUUACGUACGCGUAUACAUGUGUACAGGUGUGUAUAUUAUAUAUGUAUAUAUAUAUAUAUACAGGGUGUUUAAAAUGAAAGGUCCUAAUUUCUUUUGUUUUUUAUAACAAAACUUGGAUGUUCAUUGUACACAUUCUGUAUAUAUAUAUAUAUAUAUAUAUAUAUAUAUAUAUAUAUAUAGAUAUACACACACAACACAUAUAUUUACAUAUAUAUUGCGUACGCCUUAAUUAUAGGUACUAAUGCCGCAGCAAUGUUCGAUAUAUUCAAGAAGGAAGAAAGAAAGAAAGAAAGAAAGAAAGAAAGAAAAGAAAAGAAAAAAAAAAUCAAUAAAUAUAAUAAUAAUAAGUAUUUACAAUAAUAACGUAUUUAACAAUGAGAGAAAGAGAGACAAAUGCGUAUCGCAGCAUCUGAAGUAUUUAUAUUGAAUUCUAACAUUGAGAGAGAUAGAGAGAAUUAAAUGAAAAUAUAAGAAAGGACACACACAUACAUACACAUACAUACAUAAGAGACUAAUAAUAUGUUAACGCCUUUUCAUCUUAAUCACGUCGCAUUUUUCAGCUAUUCGUAUACAUAUUAUUGGGAAAAAUGUAUUCGCGAAUAAAGUAACAUCUAACAUAUAUACAUACACGCAUACAUACAUUCAUACACUUAACUAAAUCGAUAUCAGUGUAAACGACAUUACAUAUAUACAUAUACAGUGUGUCUAUAGUGAAACACUCUGAUGCAAAAACUAAACAGGGCGUUUUAUUGUAGAUAACCUGUAUAUCGGUAUAUAUAUAUAUAUAUUGAUUAUACAUUUUUCUUCACAUAAUCAUCUUAAUAUUCUCUGGAAGAAUCGACGGUGGAUUUCAUUAACAUCCUAGUCUCCUCACCGAGAUAUAUUAUAAAAGGUAAUGAUUAAAUAACUUGUGUAACUAGUUUAUUUUAUUAUAUUAUUAUUAUUAUUAUUAUUAUUACUAUUAUUAUUAUUAUUAUUAUUAUUAUUGCUAUUAUUAUUAUUAUUAUUAUUAUCAUCAUCUGACGAUCUGUAUGAUAUUGAGAUAACGAAGGAAAAAUUGCAAUUAUUAUUAUACCCACCGCAAUAAGAUAAUGCCAAAGUUUGUGAAUACACAAUCUUCUCUCCUUUAUCCCUUUGUGAAUUAUUCAAAGUUGUGUAUAAUAAUUGUCCAGUUUUAAAGUGUCGUCGUUGACUAUACUUUUAAUCUCUUUACCAAUGGAGACUGAAGUAUAAGUAAUUAAUACUUUUAAUCACCCUCCCCCUGUUCUCUGUGUUCCUCUUUGUGAUCUCUUUCUCUUUCUCUCGAUUAAUUGUAAUUGAAUAUGUAAUUUUUAACAAAACAAGAAAAAGAAAAGAAAAAAAAGUUACAUCUUUAUAUCGGUGAUUUUAAGAAAGUAUAAAUGCCUAAUAUCUCGAUGAUUUUCUGUUAUAAGGCUAAUGAUAUCACAAUAAUAUGAAUAAAGGAACUUAUAGGCUCUGUAA